AUGAGUGAUUCUGGUGUGUUUUCACGUCAAAUAUCUUUCAUCGAAUCGAUCAAUCAACAUCAGAAUACUAAUUUCAAAAGAGACCGGGAUAAACAACUUGAUAAGGUAACGAGAAAAGCUAAAGGACUUCUCUAUAAACUCGAUCUAUUUCCAAAAGAGAAAAUGCAAUCGGAUAAAACAAAAGCAUUUUAUCAGUACCUCAAAGGAUUUCUAUUGGAGGUAGUUUCUCCCUAUUAUAAUUCAGAGGCUGAAGAUCAACUUGAACAAGCUCUUGAGUUGGAUGAGAAAUUGCUCGAAGCAUAUAUCACUCGUGGUAAUUGCUGCUUGAAAUUAGGCAGGAAGGACCUUAGUAGAGCUAAAGAUUGCUUCGACUAUGUCUUUAAAGAGGAUCCAAAUAGAAAGGACGUAUUUCGAAUGUUAGCAAUGCAUGAAAUAAGAAUGUUAGAAGAAAAUGGGGGUGACAUUGCCAAAGGAAUCGUUGAUGAAUGUAUAGGUCAUGCAAAUAUAGUUGUUUCCAUGAGUGCAAAUGAUGGCAUAUCAUUGUGUAAGUGUGAUAGAAGUAGACGAGAAGUUAAGACAUUUUAA